AUGGCAAAUAACGCGGAGACACAAGGCGAAGUCCAGAAGACCGUCGUAGAUUCCCUGUUGGAGGAGAUCGAGAGAGGGUUGGAGCAUAAAGGGAAGAGCGCGAAAGACGAGAAGUCGGUGGAGAAAAGAACAGACAACGGCACUAACCCAACCAGUGGCGAAGUUACCCUACCGGUUAAGAAAAAGAAGCCGUCCCGCGGAAGAGCCUUGGCUAGAAGGGCCGAAUAUAAGAACAAGUGCCUCACCUGCGAGCAAUCCGGGCAUCACUGGCGGGGCUGUCAACAAGCCUGUGCCCACCAUCAGAGGCAGGGCAAAACCGCGCACCACAAUGGCAAGGAACGCCCGCUCGAUCACAGUCUGUACAAACGAUUAGGGAGUGUAGCCCAGUCCCGCGCGGAUUUUGAGCGCACCACAAAAGCAAAGCUCGCCUUGGAGCUUCGAAACGCAGCCGAAAAGGAAAAGGCAGAGGCUCGAGAGAAGGAGGAGGCGAGCUACGAACUAGCGGUAGCAGCCAGGGUAGAUCGAGUUUCGAACGAAUCUUCACGUAUUGAGCGUGAGUUCGAACGUGUAGCUCAGCCUACUGCCGCUCGGCAAGCCCCCACCCGUCAUCCCUCCCCGCUUCAGCGACAGCCAGAGUACUACGGCUAUCCGCCGCCGUGGGCCGCAUACGAGCAAUAUCAGACACCACAUGUGCCUCCCCACGUUUAUUGGUACCCUCCGCCCCAGCAAUACAGAUACGACGAGCCGCGGUAUCCUGAGCGGUACCUACAGCCUGUGCCACAACAUCCACCACAAUACGCGCCGCAACGGCCACAGUACCCACAGCGGCAAGCACAGCAGUACCCGCGAUCAAACUACGACUACGACUACGACCACGAGUGGCAGUACCGUAGGCAAUGGCCGCCCCACCCGCCACCUCCACCACCACCUCCUCCCCCGCCUCCUCCGGGUUAUCGACCCUACUGA